AUGGCAGACACGGCCGGCGGCAGUAUGGCUCUUGAUACCAAUGCAGCAGCCCAGGAGAAGGGCGUCGAAUGUCUCUGUGCUUUUGUUCGGUAUGGUGGCACACGUGCAGGUCGCACACGCAUGGAUGUACUGCCAGGGGUGGCAGAAAAAUGCCUCUGCUCCAUGCGCACAGGUACUCGUAAAGCGGCACAGGAGUUGGUCCUGCUUUUUGCAGAGCAGGAGGACGUGGCUGGUUGUGAUGGGAUCAUUGGCGACCUUUGUGACAAGAUUACAUCUAAGCAGCCCAAGGUUGUCGCAGCUAAUGUCAAUGCCCUGACUCUUCUGGUACAAAACUUGGGUGGUGAGCAGGUGAAUGUGCGCCUCAUUUCCCAGUCCAUUCCGCGAAUAUUUGCACAUGCGGAUAAGAAUGUGCGUACAGAAGGCAGCGCGCUGGCAGUGGAGCUCCAUCGGGUGAUGGGCGCGGCCCUUGCGCCCGUGCUCUCUCAACUAAAAGACAUUCAGGUGAAAGAACUGGAACGACAAUUCAGUGAAGCUGCACCCGCUAGCGCACCUCUGAGGCAUCUCGCAUCGAACAAGGCACGAGCGGAGGCCUUAAGUGCGGCCGAGCCUGCGGCAACGUUGGACGAGGCGCCGGCUUCGUCAGGCGCCGCAGUGGAUGAACAGGAGAGCGCUAUGGAUGCGCUUUUGGAAGAUCCUUACGAAACGUCUGAGCCUGUGAAUGUACUGAGCAGUCGCAAACUAUCUCCACAGUUCUUUUCACUAGUCGCAUCGACCAAGUGGCAAGAACGUAUGGAAGCCCUCGACUCCUUGCAUGCCGCGCUGAAGGACAGUCCACGUAUCCAGCCUGAUCCGGGCCUGGAUAGCUACGUACAAGCAUUGCAAUUGCGUGUUCAGAAAGACGUCAAUAUAAACGUGGUACUGCAAGCAUGUCGUUGCUUGUCUGGAUUGGCACAAGGCCUGCGCAAAGACGGCACGUUCUUAUUAUCCGUGCUACCAACGGUGCUCGAGAGACUGAAAGAGCGCAAGCCCGCCACAGUCGAGGUUCUUUCUGCCACGCUUGAUGCCUUGUUCCUCUGCGGCACGCUAAGCGACGUACUGGAACCAGUGGCUACGGCUGCGGCCCAUAAGAAUCCAGCUGUCAAGGCGGGCACCGUGCGCUUUCUCGCCCGGUGCCUGCAGUCUACCACCGCAGCACCUAAUAAUGCUGAUAUCAAGUCCAUGGCAUCGUUGCUGCUCACGUCGCUUGGUGAAGGGGCUGGUGACGUGCGUGAUGCCGCGGCGCAUGCCAUGGGCACUUUGCUGAAACUUGUGGGCGAGCGGCCCAUGGCGCCCUUCAUGGAGCAACUUGACGAUAUCAAGCGGUCCAAAGUCCAGGAAGAGGCGGCGAAUGUAAUCUUGGCGGUCAGGCAAGCUCCUACUGGGAAAAGCGCCGGCAUGCGUCCCCCUUCUAGCGCCGCAUCUGCCAGUGCAGUGCACGGGACUCCUGCAAACUCUCGUGCUCCUGCCCGGCCGCAGCAGAACCCUACACCGGCUGCUUCAAGGCGGUCUGCGCUGCCUGCAGAGGGCACCACCCCUGCACAUGCUCCCAGCAAGCCCCUCGCUGCUGUUCGUGCGACAUCCCAGAAACCAGUGAUGACUCGUGCACCUGUUGCGGCACCGAGCGGCCCGAGUAAUACUACUUCACGCCGUCCUGCUCCACGGAAUAAUGCGGUGCAGUCUGCAGCAGAGGAGGCUGUCUCUUUCCGCUACUCACCCGAGGAGGGCGCCGCUCGAGCACUAGAACUACUUCCCGAGCAUGUGCGUGCACAACUUGCUUCAUCGAGCUGGAAAGAGCGCUUGGAAGGAGCUCAAAGUCUUGUGCCAUGGAUUCGCUCAACGGAGCCUGACACCGAGCUGGUGGCUCACCUUCUCGCGCGGCAUCCCGGCUGGAAGGAAAGUAACUUCCAAGUCAUGAACAUGGUGUUCCAAGCCAUGCAGGCUAUGCAGGAACUUGGUUCCUUUGGACGAAACACGGCCGCCUUGACAAUUCCACCACUGUGCGAAAAACUAGGCGACAUGAAACUCAAGGCGACAGCAGGCGAGACGCUGAUGCUGUAUGCGGAAGCAGUCUCGUUUGGGUAUGUUCUUGCUCAGAGUGUGCCUGUGCUAAGUGCUUUGAAAGCGCCCAAGGCCCAGGCAGAUGCUCUGCUCUGGGUGAACGAAGCAGUACUUGCCUUUGGCCUCCAAGGCGUGGACACCAGGACACUUGUGUCAUACUCGGUGGAUGCGCUCAAAUCGGCGAAUGCGACCGUACGAGCUAAUGCCACUACACUGUUUGGAACGCUCGCGCGAUUUGUUGGUCGUGCACUGCUCGGCCUUGUAUCAGAUGUGACGCCGCAGCUCAUGGCCACGUUGGAGACGCAAGUUGCGUCGGCAGAGCCGGCACCUGCGCCUACUCGCGCAACUCGCUCUGCGAAGGUGGGAGUCCCUCAGGAGGUUCCUGACGACGAGUCACCCGCCAACCCAGAGGUUGAAGAGGAGGUGGAUCUAGACAGUCUCAUUCCUCGUGUCGCGAUCGAGACAUUGGUGUCUUCCGCGACACUUCAGUCGAUGGGCGACAGCUCGUGGAAGGUCCGCAAAGAGGCACUGGAAGCGGUCCAAUCGUCCCUGCAGUCACAUCCACGACUGCAGGGACAAGGCACGGAUCUAGUGCAAGCGCUCAAGCCACGUCUUCAAGAUACCAAUAUCAUGGUGCGUACACUGGCGCUCGACACGGUGUCGCUACUUGCGCGCGGGUUGCAAAAGAGCUUUGAGCCACUCGCACGAAUUCUCAGUGCUCCUGUCGUGCAGGUGCUGGCGGACGCCAAGGCGCCGAUCCGCGCUGCUGCGGUCGCUGCGCUAGAUGCAAUGGUGGGGCAGGUGCAUCUCGCGCCGCUUGUUCCAGGCAUGGGUCUGGUGCUGGACGGCAAACAUGCCAAUCCUAUGCUACGGCAGGAUUUAUUCCAGUGGCUUGAAGGCGCACUACCUGCGCACGGACCGUUGCCCGAUCUUGCACCGCUCAUUCCGUCCGUCCUUGCGUCACUCGACGAUCGGUCAGGCCCCGUGCGCAAGGGCGCACAGGCCCUACUCCCUCUGCUCUUGACAAGUGUGGGACAUAAGGUGCUUAUUGACGCGACAGGAGCCCUGAAAGGUGCAUCCCGUGCGACAGCAUUGCCGCUAAUCGAAGCUGCCCGCAGCCAAGCAGCGCGAUUGGACCAACCUAGCGCAGCGGCCGUACCUGGGGCCAACGGUGCCGGGCCCCGACCAGCCCCACGGGCCAUUGUGUCACCGAGUGCGAUGCCUUCCGCGCCCUCGACGGCUCAGCGCCGCGCCGCGCCUACAAGUGGACCAGUUGUUCGCAAGGAAGCAGCUGCGGCGCCUGUGGCGCGUGUGCGCCCGGCCGUGACAACCGAGAAAGCGCGGCCGAAGGCGUCCGCGGUAAGCCGCACGCUGUCUUCCUCGACGCGUGCAGCGGAAACGGCACCGCCACCCACGCCAUUUUUGACGUCGGAUGACAAGUACAAAGCUGCGCGUGAGCGUGUUUCGCGAACACCUUUUGUUAUCGAAGGUGCUGUCCGCGCACGCGAUGUCGCGACACUGCGACAGCAGAUGGAAACGUGCUGUGUGCCCACGCUAGUCGCGCGUCUUUUCAGCCAGGAUCACCAUGCGGAGCGGGACUAUCUGCAGGGCCUCGAUGACUUGAUGACUGUGAUUACAAACCCUGCGUGCGCGGAAGGGGCAGGCAUAUCCUCGUCAGAAGUGCGGGCACAGGUGUGUGCAAACUCUGAUGUCCUGCUUAAGUACGCUUGUGUGCGUCUGUUGGAAAAGAACACGAGCGUAGCACUUCGAUGCUUUGAGCUCGUGGGUGCACUGCUGGAUUUACAAAGCCAAGAAAACGCACCUCUGGGCGAUGCCGAGGCGCAAGCCCUCGUCCUUACCCUCGUCAUUCGAACAGGCGAUGCCAAAGCAGCUUUCCGCGAAGCGGCCCGUGAUAUGCUUCGACGCGUGUGUGUCUUGUUCCCGCCGUCCCGUCUCUUUCAGCUGCUGCUGGAGCAUGGGCUAUCAUCGAAAAAUGCGCGCACGCGCUCUGAAUGCCUCGCUGAGCUUGGCUGCCUGUUAACGCGCCAUGGAAUUGCUGUGUGCACACCAGCCAAAUCCUUACCAGUGGUGGCGCGACUUAUAAGUGAUCGCGAUCCGUCCGUGCGCGGCGCAGCACUCAGCACCCUAGCUGAAGUAUACAAACUCAUGGGCGAGAGCCUCUGGCGGUUGCUGGGGCCACUGCCACCUAAGGACGAGAGCCUGCUGGAGGAACGCCUGAAGCGCACAAGUUUGCCUUCGUCUGCUCGAAUGGCGCCGACCACCAGCUCGAGCAAUGAGUUGGUCGACCGACGGGCGCAGCCCACAAUGGCAGCGCGUGCGCCGCGCCCGUCGUCUUCGGUGCCGCCCGCCGACGGCCAAAGUGGCACUGAAGACGACGUCGCGCUGGUCAGCAGUGACGAGAAAGAGACAAGCAUUGCCGGUCUCAAGUCCCUGCAGGCGCGCCUGCCCCAAAUACUCUCGCCCAGCUCACGCCCAUCGGUGGUGCGGGCGCUUUUGACCGCACUGCAGUACACUUCGCGAGGAGGUCUCGUGGAUCAUCGUUACGUCAAGCAUGUCUUGCAGACCCUGCUAGUUCUUUUGGACUCACAAUAUGCGCGCGCGGCUCCACUAGACGUUGAGGAUCUCGCACCACUAUUGCAGUCGCUGCUUCAGCAGCUCAUGCAUAUAUCCGCACUGGACGAUGAGGCGUCGCAGACACUCGCCAAGCAGCUAAACGCCGUGGUCUUACGCGUGCUCUCUACAUGCCCUGGUGAUGCGGUGUAUGCUGCCCUCUUCGAGGUCCUCACAGAGGGUACACGCACACUCUCGGCAGACUCCAUCGAGGACGCUCGUUUCGUUGAGCUCGUCGUCAAAUGCUUGUGGAAAGUGGCCCGCAAACUCCCGGCUGCACUCGAGGCGCAGCAGGUGCAUGGCGCGGCGCUGUUGGUAAGCGUGGAGAAGUUUUUGCAAGCUGUGCCACCCGCCGAGUGGGGCCGCCGAGCACGCGAGCAUGUGCCUCUGCGCGACAUUCCUUUGAUUACCGCGACCAACGUGCUCAAGCAACUGACGGAUGUGCUGGGAGAAGGUGCGCUAGCACUUACGGAUUCGUGGGACGAGCCGGAAAACAGCCAUGUGUAUCGCUACCUCCUGCGCCUACUGUACGGCAGUGGUGCCACUCGAGAAGGUGAGUCGGCUACCACUUCAUCCACGGUCCCUCUUCCUGCUGCGCCAACCAAAGAUGAACCGAAAGAAACUGCCCCCGUGCGCCAGACUACCAGUCCUACGGACGAUGCUCUCACUGCCGAACUGCGCGGUAUAUUUGAUCGUAUCUCGCAGAAGGACCAAUCGCGUGCUGCGAUCCGCGAUCUGUACGAAUUCCAGAAACGGCACCCUAGCAAGCAUGCCAGUAUCGAGCGCUCGCUACAAAACACCGGUCCUAUUUUCCAGCGGUAUAUCAAGCGCGCCCUCGCGAACCAUGCGGCCGAGGAUCAGACGCCAGCACAGACACUGCCGUCCUCCAGUGUGGAUGCGCGCCUUGCCGAGCUGAAAGCCAAGUUCCGUCGGGAGCCAGGGGACCAGCGCAGCACCGAGCGCAUAGAGAAGCGCAUGUCCAUGUCCACGGAGGCCUUGCGCACGCGCCUGGCCGCCAUGCGCACAGAGGACGCAGGACCUAGUACUUAG